CGUAAACGUAAACAUGGUGGAAAAAUUAUCCCAGGACAUGAAAGAGCAGCUUAAACAAUUUUUCUUUACACAGCGAAGCAAUGGACAAUAGUUUGGAUGAAAAAGAAACAGAAGACCCAGAUUACGAGUCUGUCAGCAGUGAACGCAAGCGAGAACAAAGAUUCCUUAACACACGACAACAAGAUGCAAAGGAACAAGCGAUACAACGAAUCGAUCACAUCAUUCGUCAACAGUUUGGCUUUGAGGUACACUUGAAGGAGAGAGAAAUUGAUUUAAUUGAUAAUAGAGUCAGUCAAGCAAAAGCCAUGCUAGACAGGCUGAGAUCAUGUGUGCUGGCGAAAUAUUACGGCACGUCUGGACAGAAAGCCGUCAAAGGAACUAGAACAAACGACAAGUUGGGUCACUGUGAUCGCAAGAAGUCAGCGCGAAAUUGUGUCAAGCGAGUUGAAUUUCCAAGAACUGGAGUCCCAAACCAUUCCAAUGAAAUGGUCAGUGCAACAGGUAGUAUUCAAUUUAAAACGGAAACAACCAAGACGUCUGCAGUUACGGACACAUUGACGAAUAAUGGUUAUCUUGUUGACAGCCAAUUGCAAUCUAAGAAAACACUUGGAUCGGGAAAUGCAAACGCUGUGAUUCAAAGUGACAGCAGCAGCUUUAUGUCAGAAGAACAACUGAAAUUAAAUGGAAAUCUACGUGGGUCAAGUGAGAAUUCAAAGCCUGCUGUAGCUCAUCAUACAAAGAAAGAACAACUAAAUCAAUCAAGUCAAUCAAAUGACAGAAUUAGUAAUAAUUUCUUUAGGCAUAGCUUAAAUGAGAAAUACUCUCCAAGUACAGCUGGAAACCCUUCAAGUGCAGUUGGAAACCUUUCAAAUGCUGUGGGAAGCCCUUUAAGUGCAGUAGAAAAACUUUCGAGUACAACACCCUGCACCGGAUCACGAUUCUACAUAAAGAAACGAAUUAUUGUUGGCAACACAUCAAAGUACAUAUCCAUCGACAGGCGGGAAGAGAAUGACAAAUCGACUCACAAGUGGAUGGUGUAUGUCCGCGGUCCACGCGAAGACCCAAAUAUUGAUCGGUUUAUAAGUAAAGUUUGGUUCUUUCUUCACCCGAGUUACCGUCCAAACGACAUAGUGGAGGUAAACAAGCCACCUUUUCAUUUGACCAGAAGAGGUUGGGGUGAAUUUCCUGUGCGUGUACAGUUGCAUUUCGUUGAUCCAAGGAACAAGAGAGUGGACAUCAUUCACGAGCUGAAGUUGGACAGAACAUACACAGGGCUUCAGACGUUAGGUUCUGAAACUGUUGUUGACUUGGAGCUUGAUCGUAGGACGUUUGAAGACAACUGCGUCCCGCUUGGGACUUUGUCAGGUAAAGAAGAUAGGCUUUCUUCAAAUGCGACUGAUGGAGAUCGAGGUAACGAUGACAACAGCGUGGAAAGAAAAACAGUGAGCAUUCUACACUACCAACAGAACCAGCUGGUAGCUGACACGCUUUUUAAAGUGAGAAAGUGUCCGGCCAAUUCCGAGAAUUCAUCGCAGUGUCCUCAGUUGAAAAAACUCAAAUUAGAAUCUACCUUUUCUGUUGGUUCAUCAGCAUUUUCAUCAACUGUGUCCACACCAGUGAAUAGUCAGCCAGCCUCACGGUGCAGUAGCCCUGAGCUGACCUCUAGCCAUCUUCAUGUAGUAAGCAAGUUCCCGGACGAAGUAAAUGAUAUGUUGCGGAAGGCUGUGAACGAACAUCCCUUGAUUGAUCCAGAAAGAAAUGUUGUGAAACAUCACUACUGUGCGUCAUCCAUAGAACAGUUUCUUGGCUGGAACAUUGGCAAGAGGAGAGCCUGCGAGUGGCAGAGGUCAGUGGCUAUCAGGCGUCGUAUGCUCAGCUGUAUGCCUUCGUGUAACCUUAGCACCAAAGAUAUCUUGCUAUGGUGUCGUCGGUUUGGUUACACGCCUUGUGACAAAGUAACUGGGGACGCGAAAGUGUUAUUUUGUAAGUUGUGUGGAGGUUUCCUAAGUGUUCCAUUUGAUGAAACUUCUAAAGAAAAAGAAGCCCACAAAUGCGAAGAUCCACUUUUCAACAGCCUCACGCCGGCAAGUGAGCUUAUCUCAGAUGUUGAAGUUAAAGAAAGAUGUCUUCCUGACGUACCAAAACCUGUCAACGACUCAGAAGACUUGGAAAUUGAUGUCGUUGGUCUUACGCCAAAAGAGAGAAUAGCUGAACCACAAGAAAGCAAGCCAGUAAUUUAUUCGAUCCCUUCAACUCCAGAACAGAACUGGAUACGUGAAACUUGCAGCGACAUAGGAGUCAAACUUAAAACUGUCAACACCGACGGAUUAGACGUUCACGUGAUCGAGAACCUCCUUUUAGCGGCCUGCAAAGGGUUCGCCGAGGAUAUUUUACGUCAAUCAUGGGCUAUUGCUGCUGACCAGACUACGUCACACGGACCUAGGCUCGUGACACCAAGUCACGUGCACAAGGCCGUAUGUUCUCUUCCUCACUGCGAUUUUCUUACUCGUGCGUAUCUCGGUGAAAUUUUGCACAGGGAGGAGAAGUAAUAUUUAGUUAAAGGCAAGAAACCAUUAUUUAUUUGAAACAGUCAUGAACAUAACACGUACAGUGCUCCGAAAUUCCCGUAUUAAAGCAGUAUGAUAUACUAAGCAGUUGACUCUACUUCCUAACAGAAAUUGGUGAAAUAAAUAGUCGGAGCAGAUAUUAAAUUGUCUCGAGUUUAAGGUUUUGCUUUGUGGCUUUCUCACCUGGAAUCAACCUCUUGUUCUUCCAUUCUGCAUGAACUCAUCUUUAUUUGCCAAUCAGGUAAAAACUGACUUCCUAAGCCUUUACCAUGCAAUAGUUUUGUUCAUCCUUCAACGGGCCAAUUUUCUUAAUAACCGACCUCCCUCAAGGACCUAAAAGUCUAAAGCGUUCUCUUUUCUUGUGUAAGGGAUAAAACGCGAAGGAUGAAUAGCAAUUUCAGCAAUCCAGCGGAUUGCCUAAAGCCUCAAUCUGUUUGGCCAGGCCUCGCGUUUUUUGUCUAGUAAUCAGGAGUGAAACUUUUGUAGACUUUCAAGAACCAGGUUCCUCAAUUGAACAACGAAAAGGACGAGGUAAACUUAAAGUUAAGACGAACAUAGAAAAACGUCACAUAAACACUACUCAAUUAGUAUAGGUAGACGUAUGAAUACGAGUGCAAUGAAGGAUUUACACUACGAGUGAUAUUUGAAACUUCUCUCAAAAUUUCACG